AUGGUGAAGCGGAAUAGCGACGGUGAUGUCCUGCUCAGUAGGCUCAGCAUUGGGCUCGCAAAGAGUCAGAGGCUUCUGGCGUCUCUGCCGUUGGGGAGCGGGCUGCAGUCCGAGGGGCAUCUUGAGGAGCGCGAGCUAGAUGACAUCGCGGAUGACAUCCAGGGCCCUGAGCAGACCGGGCUAGGAGCCGCUGUUCCAGCCCAUAUCCAGGACGGGAGCUUCACGCGCAGACCCCCCACUUCAGACCACAGACUCCUGGAGCAGUUAAUCGGGAAAGGGGCUGCCAAGGCACAUGUAGCUUCAAAGCAGGCGCCCAGAGACAAGUCCAGGCCCCAAAAGCUCAGUAAACAGUCUCCGGCGGUGAAGCACGAACAGAGCGAGGAGGAGGGAGAGGGAAGGGCGUCUGCGUUCCGAUCGAAGAGACAGAAGCCGAGCAAGGCACCAACGAAGAGCCCAGGGGAGACGCCAGAAGAAGAUGGACAUGCUAAAGUAAAAACCAGUGCAAGUGUUCGUCUUACAAGGCCGAAGUCUGGGAGCUAUCUGGACGAUAUCCUAGCUGAGCGCUCCGAGAAAAAGAAGAAGAAGCAGUAG